AUCCUGAACAUGGAAGAUGAUCAGAACUGGUACAAGGCUGAGCUCCGGGGUGCCGAGGGGUUUGUCCCCAAGAACUACAUCCGCGUCAAGCCCCACCCGUGGUACUCGGGCAGGAUCUCCCGGCAGCUGGCCGAAGAGACUCUGAUGAAGCGAAACCAGCUGGGAGCCUUCCUGAUCCGGGAGAGCGAGAGCUCCCCAGGGGAGUUCUCUGUCUCCGUGAACUACGGGGACCAGGUGCAGCACUUCAAGGUGCUACGAGAGGCCUCGGGGAAAUACUUCCUGUGGGAAGAGAAGUUCAACUCCCUCAACGAGCUGGUUGACUUCUACCGCACCACCACCAUUGCCAAGAAGCGGCAGAUCUUCCUGCAGGACGAGGAGCCCCUGCUCAAGCCGCCCCGGGCCUGCUUUGCCCAGGCCCAGUUUGACUUCUCGGCCCAGGACCCCUCACAGCUCAGCUUCCGCCGCGGUGACAUUAUCGAGGUCCUGGAGCGCCCGGACCCCCACUGGUGGCAGGGCCGGUGCUGCGGACGCGUCGGCUUCUUCCCGCGGAGCUACGUGCAGCCCGUGCACCUGUGACCGGUGUGGGGCGUGGCAGGCGGAGCCAGAACUGAGGUCCAGAGGGACGACGUGGGCACCCCACCCGAGGCCACACAGGGCCCAGCGAAGGCCUCGGACUCAAUGUGGGCUCCUAACUGCCUCCGGCCACUCCAAACAAAGCGGGAUGGUCCCCCAGC